UCGGUGUGUAUGGAACAGGCGGGAGGAAGAGCAACAGCCCAGAUAAAGGAUUUCUAAAUAUGCUUUAACAGUCUGAAAUAGACUUUGUCACGCAGACAUUUGCUUUUUGACGUCUGCGGACAUUCGACGAAGCGUUGUGUCCGCUGGUUUAUUUUACUAAAGAGCGUAAACUAGCCCGGCGGACAAAGAUGAGCCUGGUCGUUUCUCAACAACAGGUUGAGAGGCUCCCGGCUGUGGCCCAAACGGCAACGGAGAGUGAUUCAGACAGCGGGAUGGGCUCUCCAGCAGAGGAGAUGGUCACUGAGACGGCAAACAAAAGAGAAGAGCUUCCAGAUUCUGACGAGGAUGAAGACAUCACGGUUCACAGAAAGCCUCACCGUAAUGCCAUUAGAGACACUGACAGCGAGGAGGAGGAGGAGGCCGCUGUGGAGAACAGCGCCUACAUGGCCGAAGCGCUGGUCUUAUCUGCUUCCAGCGGGGAGGAGAUGGAGGAGAGAGAGAAGGAUGAGAGGAAAGAGAGUGGGGCGCCGAAGAAGAGCAAGAGAAUAAGCCGCGCUCCCAUUGACAGCGACGACAGCGAGCCGGAGCAAAGUGGAGGAAUUAAGGAGCAACAGGAGGAGGUAAGGAAGGAGGCAAAAUCGAUGAAGGAACCGAAGAAGAGAGAGAAGAGCCAGAGGCACCGGGAGAAGAAGGAGAAGCGGAGCAAAGCUGUGGAAAAACUGAAGAAGGAGAGGCUCUCUGAAAUGAAUGAGGACACGCCUCUCCCUCGGGCUCUGAAUGACAGUGGGGCUCUGAAUGACAGUGGGUGUCUGCUGGGCGACACAGACCUGUUUGACACCGGUCUGGGCGAUGAGGACGAAGAGUCUCUCGAGGCUAUCCGAGCUGCUGUCAAACAAAAGAUGAAAAAACACAAGGAUCCUUUCCUGGAUGAGGAAGAGGAUGAAGAGGAAGAUGGAGCAGAGAAACCCCAGCGUGUGGAGAGGAAAGCUGCGCGCGCCAGCAAAGAGGCAAUGAAGCAGCUCCACAGUGAGUCUCAGAGGCUGGUCAGAGAGUCCACACUUGGCCUGCCCUACCACGUCCCUAAGCCGAAGACCAUCGACGAGUUCUUCAGGAAGAGAGCCAGGCCGGAGGGUCCUGCCAUGGCACUGUUGAAAUCCACAAAGUAUUCAGCCAUGAUGUUGGAGAUGCCAUCGGCUCCUCCUCCACCCAGUGAGCCUCUGCAGCCAUCCGCAGAGCAGGACUCCUCUCUAGAUCUGUCUUCGACUCAGAUCCAGCCCCUACCUCACCCCGCCGCCACCUCGUCCCCGCAGCAGGAGAGCCUCAACCAGGCCAGAGAGGCAACAGCGAGCCCAGAUCCCGACCAGGAAUCCGGACCGAUGCUUUACCUCUCCGAGAGUCUACAGGAGUCCAACACAGCAGACGGAGGGUUGAAACCUGUUUCUGAUUCUGGAGUGGAAAAGCCUCCUGCACCCUCGGAGCAAAACCAGACUGCGGUGUUGUCUGACUCUGAAGCCCUGCAGAAAGAGCCCAUGUCCGAUCCGGCCGCAGCAGAGCCUUCAGUACAGCGGCCCAGCAAACCCAGGGAGGACAAAUUGGCCAGACUGAAGAGGCUCGGACUGGACCCCCCGCCUGUCGCUAAAUUGUGUUCAGAUGACGGAGCCUUUGUUGAGCUCGAGCCUCCGCCGCUCAACCCAGGUGUGGAGGCCCUAAAGGAGCGUUACCUCCGUCACGUCAAGGCACCCGCACGCCCUCAGGGAGAGCGAACCAUGCAGCUCAACAUCGUCCGCAAAGACAGCGCCCCGUCUGGCCAGGAGGAGCUGCGCUCCGAGUCAAUCACCAUCAUCGUUAAAGACGGAGCAGAGGAGCCCGCGGCAACCAAACCAGGAGAGAAGCUGCUGACUCUGAAGCAGCGCCUGCAGCUCGCCAUGGCCCAAAGGAGGCAGGAGGAGAGGGUGCGCAGGGCCGAGCUGAAUCGCCUCGACAACGAAGACUGUGGGGAGGAGGAAGAGGAGGAGGACGAGAUGACCGAUGAGUCUGAGGAGGAAGAGAAUUUAGAUGACUUACUGGGAGGUGAUGGCGGUGAGGAAGAAGAGAAGGAGCAUGAAGAUGAGGAAGGCAGUGUCGCCCAGAGUAUGAGGAGUCCUUCUCCCGUGGCACUGAACGAACCCUCUGACCUCAUUAAUUCAGACAGUACACUCAUGCUGUUCCCCGGCAACUCCUGCUCUCGUACCGGUGAUGGCGUAAGAAGGUCUGGUGCUUCUGGACAGGACAGCAGCAGCAAUAAGAUGGAAGACGACGACUCUCUGUAUCUGGUGAAGGACAACAGCCACAACAGCAGCUUUGAGCUGGCAGGAUCCAUGAUAACCUCCUACCAGCCCAUCAGUCAUCAGCGCUCCGCAGGGAGGAGCAUCUCCAACUCAUCCAUUUUCCGCUCCCCUUCUCCCUGCCUCUUCAGGCCCAGCUUCCUCAGCUCUGCCUCCAAGAGCUCAGGCAAACUCUCCGAGCCGUCUCUCUGCCUCCCCGUCGAGGACUCCCAAGACCUGUAUGCGCCUCCGUCCCCAGGAGCAGAUUCGGGGCCCCUGGGCGGAGCGGCCUCCCAAGGUCGCUUCUCCCUGGAGGACGACACCCACUCGCAGCUACUGGACGCGGACGGCUUCCUGAAUGUGGGGCCGCGGUCCAGUGCGCCUCGCUCCCACAAGAGACAGCUGAUCCUGGACAGCCUGGACGAGAAUGCCAUGGAUGCCAACAUGGGUGAGCUGUUUGGGCUGUGCUCAGGGGUUUUCGGGACAGCGGAGAGCGGCUCCGGCAGGGCGGGGCGAGAAGGCCUCGGAGCGUUGCAGGAGGACGAGCUGCUCGGGUUGUGCUCCGGAGCGUUUCCGCCGACACGGGCGGGAGGCGAGCGGAAGGAGACAGACAAGAGGGAGGGGAGAGGACGGGACGAGGAGUCUGAUGAUACCAUGGAUCAGCUGCUGGGCCUGUGUUCAGGGAAGUUUCCUAGUCCAGGUUUUGCUCACACAGCCUCGUCAGCACAAGACAGUAAAAAGAAGCCGGAGGAGGAGGAAGAAGAGGAGGACUGCGAAUUCCGGCUUCUGUCAGAUGUGGAAAGUCCCAGUGAACAGGAGGUCGAUGAUGAUGGUGCAGAAGGAAACGAGGCUGGUUCGGACGGAGACAAUGACGUAGAAGAGGAGGAGAUGCAGGGUGUCUUCGCAUCUCAGCGGGUCAAGAAGAAGAAGAAGAAGAAGAAGAAGAAAAUGCGUUUGACCGACUACAUGGAGUCGGAGGCUGAGCUGUCCGGCAGCGACCUGGGCAGCGACGACGAGGACGGCGACGAUGAGAACGAGUACGAGGAGGAGGAGCUUCUCGAGGAGCUUCCCGCUGAUGAAGAGCUGCAGGACCAGGUCAACAAGAUCCACAUGAAGCAGAUCAUGGACGAUGACAAGCGAGCACUGAGGUUCUACCAGGAGCGCUACCUCGCUGACGGAGACCUGCACUCUGACGGCCCGGGACGAGCUCGCCGCUUCCGUUGGAAAAACAUCGAUGAUAGUUUUAACGCGGACGGGACGGGAGCGGAGGGCGAGCAAGAGGACGACGAUGAAGAGGUGGACCUGGCCGAGGUCCAGAGGAGGAAAGAGAGGCUGGAGAGAGAACAGUGGCUCAGAGAACAGUCUGAGCAAAAAGCCAAGAAAGGGGAAGAUUUGGAUGCGGAGGACGAGAAGAUCGGAGAGGAAGACAGUCGCUUUAUGAAGCUGGCCAAGAAGCUGACCGCCAAGACUCUGCAGAGAAAAGAGCCCCCUGUGGCACCACAGUCAGAGAAGAAGACACCGGCUCUCAACCCCUUCCAGAGACCCUCGCAGCCCUCACAGGUGAGGAGAGGGUCACUGCUGAGUCAGCCUCAGGCCGUCCUCCAGAAGCUGGCUUCCAUCUCAGAGGGGAAUCCUCUGGCACCCAGAAACAGCAGAGGCUUCCUGUUCCAAACUCUGUCCCCCGAGAAGGACAAGUCCAAGUCGGACGCUCCCAAGAAGCAGACGAUGAAGAAGAGGGGGCCGGUGGAAGCAGUGAACCCAGCAGCAAAGAGGGUGUGCAGGGAGGACAGACCCACAGGACAGACUAAAGGCCCCCAGAGGAGCAUCUUCAACUUCCUGGACCACUGAGGACGCGACACUACCGGCUGAAUGAUAAUCUUCAUCAGCAGACAAAAGGCCAGAAUGGACCGGCCACAUCCAGUAUUUCACAAGCCAGCAAGACCUCAAAAGUGAAGUAGGUGGUAAAAGGACGGUUGAAUGCCGAGGUGCCCUGUAGACGUCCUCUGCAUUGCUUGUGAAGAAUGAAUACCGAUGUGUUUACAUGUUUACAUUGCCUUAAAAUGGCAAGCUAAAGCACACCACUGAGGCCCCUCUUCUUCCUCACAUUCACUUCUCUAGUUGGGCUUGUGGUUACGCCAACAGACGCAUUCAUCCAUCACACCUUACUUGACUUAAUCUGGACGUUUUGACGGAGGUCCAUUUUAAAAAUGUUUUAUCAUGUAAAUAGGAUUGAUUUGGUUUUUAAUGGUUCGGGA